CCGGAGCCCCGAUGAGCCCCGAUGGCCGGAGCACAGCCCGGCGUGCACGCCUUGCAACUCAAGCCCGUGUGUGUGUCCGACGGCCUCAAGAAGGGCACCAAAUUCGUCAAGUGGGAUGAUGACUCCACUAUUGUUACUCCAAUUAUUUUGAGGACUGACCCUCAGGGAUUUUUCUUCUACUGGACAGAUCAAAAUAAGGAGACGGAGCUGUUAGAUCUCAGUCUCGUCAAGGAUGCCAGGUGUGGGAAACAUGCCAAAGCUCCCAAGGACCCCAAGUUACGUGAACUUCUGGAUGUGGGGAACAUUGGACGCCUGGAACAUCGCAUGAUAACAGUGGUCUAUGGGCCGGACUUGGUUAACAUCUCUCAUUUAAAUCUCGUGGCUUUUCAAGAAGAAGUGGCCAAGGAAUGGACGAAUGAGGUGUUCAGUUUGGCCACAAACCUGCUGGCCCAAAACAUGUCCAGAGAUGCAUUUCUGGAAAAGGCCUAUACUAAACUUAAGCUGCAAGUUACUCCAGAAGGGCGCAUUCCUCUCAAAAACGUGUACCGCUUGUUCUCCGCUGACCGGAAGCGAGUGGAGACCGCUUUAGAGGCUUGUAGUCUUCCAUCCUCAAGGAAUGAGUCCAUACCUCAAGAAGAUUUCACUCCAGAAGUAUACAGAGUUUUCCUGAACAACCUUUGCCCUCGACCUGAAAUCGAUAACAUCUUUUCUGAAUUUGGUGCCAAAAGCAAACCAUACCUUACUGUUGAUCAGAUGAUGGAUUUUAUCAAUCUUAAGCAGCGAGAUCCCCGGCUAAAUGAAAUCCUUUACCCGCCUUUAAAGCAAGAACAAGUCCAAGUGUUGAUCGAGAAGUAUGAACCCAACAGUAGCCUUGCCAAAAAAGGACAGAUAUCCGUGGAUGGGUUCAUGCGCUACCUGAGCGGGGAAGAAAAUGGAGUUGUUUCACCUGAGAAACUGGAUUUGAAUGAAGAUAUGUCUCAGCCCCUUUCUCACUAUUUCAUUAACUCCUCACACAACACCUACCUCACAGCUGGUCAGCUGGCUGGAAGCUCCUCUGUCGAGAUGUAUCGCCAAGUCCUCCUGUCUGGCUGUCGUUGUGUGGAGCUGGACUGCUGGAAGGGGCGGACUGCAGAAGAAGAACCUGUCAUCACCCACGGGUUCACCAUGACAACAGAAAUAUCCUUCAAGGAAGUGAUCGAAGCAAUCGCUGAGUGUGCAUUUAAGACUUCACCCUUUCCAAUCCUCCUUUCCUUUGAGAAUCACGUGGAUUCCCCCAAGCAGCAGGCCAAGAUGGCAGAGUACUGCCGACUGAUAUUUGGGGAUGCCCUUCUCAUGGAACCACUGGAAAAGUACCCAGUAAGUUCUGGUGUUCCUCUUCCGAGCCCGAUGGACUUGAUGUAUAAAAUUUUGGUGAAAAAUAAAAAGAAAUCGCACAAGUCGUCAGAAGGAAGUGGCAAAAAGAAGUUGUCCGAACAAGCCUCCAACACGUACAGCGACUCCUCCAGCGUGUUCGAACCCUCAUCUCCGGGAGCCGGGGAGCCCGAGACGGAGAGUGACGACGACGACGACGAGGACGACGGUAAAAAGUCCUCCAUGGAUGAGGGGACUGCGGGGAGCGAGGCCAUGGCCACGGAAGAGAUGUCUAACCUGGUGAACUAUAUCCAGCCUGUCAAGUUUGAGUCCUUUGAGACCUCGAAGAAAAGAAAUAAAAGUUUUGAAAUGUCGUCCUUCGUGGAGACCAAAGGCCUUGAGCAGCUAACGAAGUGCCCCGUGGAAUUCGUCGAAUAUAACAAGAUGCAGCUGAGCAGAAUAUACCCCAAAGGCACACGUGUGGAUUCAUCUAACUACAUGCCUCAGCUGUUCUGGAAUGCAGGCUGCCAAAUGGUUGCACUGAACUUCCAAACAGUGGACUUGGCGAUGCAAAUCAACAUGGGCAUGUAUGAAUACAAUGGGAAGAGUGGCUACAGAUUAAAGCCAGAGUUUAUGCGGAGACCAGACAAGCACUUUGAUCCAUUCACCGAAGGCAUUGUCGAUGGAAUAGUGGCUAACACGUUAUCGGUUAAGAUCAUUUCCGGCCAGUUUCUUUCGGAUAAGAAAGUCGGGAUCUAUGUGGAAGUGGAUAUGUUUGGUUUGCCUGUUGACACAAGGAGGAAGGCCUUUAAGACCAAGACAUCCCAAGGAAAUGCAGUCAAUCCUGUCUGGGAAGAAGAACCCAUUGUUUUCAAAAAGGUGGUCCUUCCGUCCCUGGCCUGUUUAAGGAUAGCAGUCUAUGAAGAAGGAGGCAAAUUUAUUGGUCACCGGAUCUUACCAGUACAAGCAAUUCGACCAGGGUACCACUACGUCAGUCUGCGGAAUGAGAGGAACCAGCCUCUGACGCUGCCGGCGGUUUUUGUCAACAUAGAAGUGAAAGAUUACGUGCCAGACACGUAUGCAGAUGUGAUUGAAGCUUUGUCAAACCCAAUCCGAUAUGUGAAUCUCAUGGAACAGAGAGCUAAGCAGCUGGCUGCCCUGACACUGGAAGACGAAGAAGAAAUUAAGAAGGAGGCUGAUCCUGGGGAGAUGCCAUCAGAGGCUCCGACCGAAGCCAGAACAGCACCAGCAGAGAACGGGGUGAAUCACACUACAUCCCUGGCACCGAAGCCGCCCUCCCAGGCUGUCCACAGCCAGCCGCCUCCAGGCUCAGUAAAGGCACCUGCUAAAACAGAGGAUCUUAUUCAGAGUGUCCUAACAGAAGUGGAAGCACAGACUCUCGAAGAGCUGAAGCAACAGAAAUCGUUUGUGAAACUUCAAAAGAAGCACUACAAAGAAAUGAAAGAUCUGGUUAAGAGACACCACAAGAAGACAACUGACCUCAUCAAAGAACACACCACAAAAUAUAAUGAAAUUCAGAAUGACUGCUUACGAAGGCGGGCGGCCUUAGAAAAGACCGCCAAGAAGGAUAGUAAGAAAAAAUCAGAACCCAGCAGUCCUGAUUCGUCAACGAUUGAGCAAGAUCUUGCUGCCCUGGAUGCAGAGAUGACCCAAAAGUUAGUAGACCUGAAGGCCCAGCAGCAGCAGCAGCUGCUUAACCUCCGACAAGAACAGUAUUACAGCGAAAAGUACCAGAAGCGAGAACAUAUUAAACUGCUUAUCCAGAAGUUGACGGAUGUGGCGGAGGAGUGUCAGAACAACCAGUUAAAGAAGCUCAAGGAACUCUGUGAGAAAGAGAAAAAGGAAUUAAAGAAGAAAAUGGAUAAAAAGCGGCAAGAGAAAAUUACGGAAGCCAAAUCCAAAGACAAAAGCCAAAUGGAAGAGGAGAAGACGGAGAUGAUCCGCUCGUAUAUCCAAGAGGUGGUGCAGUCUAUCAAGAGAUUAGAAGAAGCACAAAGUAAGAGGCAAGAAAAACUGGUAGAGAAACACAAGGAGAUACGUCAGCAGAUCCUGGACGAAAAGCCCAAGCUGCAGACGGAACUGGAGCAAGAGUACCAAGACAAGUUUAAAAGGCUGCCCCUGGAGAUUCUGGAGUUCGUGCAGGACGCCAUGAAAGGGAAGAUCCGCGAAGACGGUCAUCACAGCUCUGCCCCUCCCUCCCAGGCCCCAGAUCCUGUUAAACUGAACCACAGGGCUCUGUCCAGUGAGGAGCUGGAAGGAGAGAGCCCAGGAAAAGAGUUUGACACUUCUCUGUGACUGGACCUGCCCAGCCUUCCAAACACGCGGGGCUGGCUAGCUUCAUCUGACGCACUCUCUGACCAGGAUCACUGCCUGGGAACAUCUUCCUGAGAUGCAUCCCUUCCCCUGCGUUCAUCACAACGGGAACGUCUUGGGCGGACCCACACAGAGGUUCCCACAGCCAGGCUCCGGGCGCUCGAUGGAAACUGUUACAGUCUACUAGUGAAAAGUGCAUGCUUACGGGAUCUGUGUUUUCUUUUCAAGGAGAAGUUCAAAGUAGGCCACUUCCGGGCUCCAUGGAAGAGCUCACGAAGGACAAUGUCUUCUUUGAAGAAAUGAGGCUCGCACUUUUCUUUGCCACUCUGGUGUACAGUAUUUCAAAGUAAUAGGAAUAGCUUGAGAAAUGCGUAGCACGGUUGAACACUAUUGAACAGAUACCUUUGAGCAUUUUUUGUUCCCAACUGCCCUUCAACUACCACAUCUUCCAGUUAACAAGUAUAGUAGAGGGUCUCACCCUAUGCUUUCCAAGCACUGGUGGCUUGCAGAUUGCUAAUUUAUUUAUCAUAGAGGCAUCAGUGUAUUUGUUACUGAGCUGGCUUUAUUAGACACUGUAAUGACUCAAAUAAACUGGUCUCCUUAAAAAAAAAUCACUAGAUUAUAUCCAUACCCAAUGAAGCCAUCCCAGAUCUUGACAAUAUAGCUUAUAAAUUUGACUACAUCAGCAAGUUGUCUGUCGGAUCUGAGUUGACUAUUUGCACUCAAAAUCUGGGUACUCGUUGGUGGUUGGCCUGCACACAUCAUAUCCCCACCCGAAUCUGCUCUGUGGAAUAGCAAUAGUUGAGCUGAUGCCUGUUGAGUAGAGGUUCGAUCAGAGUGGACAAGCUCCACUGGUUAUUUUGCUCCAUUUAUCCAUUUAUGUCCACUCCUAAAGAUAUACAGGCCCACAUCUAAAUGAUACAUUUGUCUUCAUGGAUGUAUACACUCAGCCCUAUGAGGGCAUAUACACACACAGCGCAAUUGUGUGCUUGCUAAUUGGCAAUGACCCAUUCUCCUCCACAAGACUUAAGAAGCAAAAUUCAGGGAUAAAUGGGUAGAGAAGAAAAGGGUCAGACAUCUAGAUUCCAUGGAUAUUAAAUUUAUUGACAUACUAAGAAACAUUUGAUGGAGCCAGUGAUGUAAGUUGAGGUAGAGUUGUAAUAUAGAAUAUGACUAUUAUAUAUAUUUGCAGGAUCAAAAAUGUAAUCCUAAGAACCAGCUUGUAAGCUUGUUUUCAUGGUCAGAAUGCACAAAAACAUAUAGAACAGCAAUAUGGAAAUUUACUCAUAUUCACAUAUUCUAUCAUUUUUAAGUCAGCCAGAUUUCAAUUUUAUUCUAACAUGAAAAAAAAAAUCUUCAUUAUAUAGUUACUAUAUAGAUUUAUUUAACUUACUUGUGUCUGUUAAGUUUCUAUUUUGGGUGGCAUGAGAGAAACACAUUCUAUCAUGGUAACACUGAUCGAAACAUGAUUGUGAGGUCUUUAAGUAAGUAAUGCUAAUUAAAUGGAAGAAAAUAGAAUUUAGAGAGUAACACACAAAACAUUCAACUUAAGGCACACAAAGAAGUAAGAUGCUCACAACUUUAUCUUACUUAAAAUAAACCUGUCUGCUGGGCAGUUGAAGAAAAUAUGAUAAAACUCAAAAUAGCUGUGUUCUGAAAAUUGUGUUUGAAUCAUUUUAUAUUCUUAGGAAAGUUAUAUUAUUUAAAUUUAAGCAAUAACUAGAUAUCACAACCAAAAUGAAAGUUUAGUUCAAACGUCAGGAAAGAGCGUUUGAUUUCUUUUUUUAAUUUCAAGGAAACAAACACAAGGGGAAAAUCAGAUCCCCUUUGGAGAUUAUUAUAUUUUGAUCUGAGAGGUUGAGGGUGUUAAUUAGACAUUUAGUAAAACUUAACUUCCACUGAGAGGAAAAUCUUUGGUAAAUGAUUCGGCUUUUGCACUUUGGAAGAAAGUAGAGAGGCAAGAAGAGUCAGAAUUGAAUGCUGCAUUUUAUAAACCAAAUUCCAGACUGUCUAAAAUUGCCGAAGAAUGGACCCACACUAGAGACCCACACUAGUAUUCAUAACCAAACACCACGGUGAGUAUCACAGAGCAUUGUUUCACAUUCUCGUCCCGAGCUCGCCUGACGUUAGUAACUUUGAUGGACACAAAGCUGUUUAGGCAGUUGGAUUCCCUUCUCAUAGUGACUUUAGUCAUUUCACGAUAUGUUUGUAUUUGGCCAUUUACUGUAAUCACAUUUUUAUAUCUGUACAAUGACACUUUUGGCAGUUGUGGGGGUUGUGUGUAACACUGCCCAUCUUGCAUCAUUGAAACUACUUAAGUGAUACUAUCAUUUAAUAAUAUUAAUAUUACUUGAAAUAGAUUAAGGUAAUGAAAAAAGGGUCUAUAUGAUGUGCAGUUUUGUGCCUUUAUGGACUUGCCUUGUUCUUUGUUGAAUGUGUGAACUUAUGUACUGUGGUUUCUCCUAUACUAGAGAGCAGAGCUGUGUAUUAAACUAGACUGUCGCCCCUCUGACACUUUUACACUACUGAGAACAGCAUGGUCUUGGCUGUGGAAACCAAUUUCCCGAAUUCUAAUGACAUGCCAUGUUUUUUUUAACGACAUUUUCAUUGUCACCCUACAUUAAGUAAUACUCCUGUAGUAGAUAAGCAGAUGCUAAAUCAUUCCAAAAGAAAGGGCCAUUGCUUGCUAUACUUUGAAUUUAAUGUUGUGCUUGUGUGCAGUAUUAAUAUUGUUUGUGAUGGAUUGGACAUUGUGACUUUUGUCUUUUAAGAGGAAAAAAAAAAGAUAGGACAAAGUGUUUGAAGCUCUUAAACUGUACAUACCUUGGUUCUUCUAUCUCAAAUUCUUUAAAAUGCAUAAUUCACAUUUUUGUAAUAAUUCUAUGCAAUUUUGUGGCAUGAUGUUUCUUCCACUUGUAAUUUUAUGUGCUUUCAUCACAAAUCCAAGGGAGACAAUAAAAAUUUCUUAACACAGA